GAGCAGGAAGCGGGAGGAGAAACGGAAGGGAGCUCAGGGUCGGAAUGGAAAGGGCCGAAAGAGAAAGAACUGGCCCAGGCAGAGACGCCGGCGAGCCGGGUGUGGGGGAGGUUAGGGGCAGCGAGCGCGGAGACCCUUAGGGACCCGCUGGGGAGGACUCGUGGGUUCCCGGAGAGAAACCGCGCCGCAGUCGGUGGGGUGGAGGAGAGGGACGGAAGGGAGGUCCGGGACGAACUCCUGGCGAAGAACCGAAAAGGAGGCGGCUGGCAGAGACUCCUGAAAAGAACAGUAACUACCCCUGCGGCUCAUCACCAUGCCUUCCGACCUGGCCAAGAAGAAGGCGGCCAAAAAGAAGGAAGCUGCUAAAGCUCGACAGCGGCCCAGAAAGGGACAUGAAGAAAAUGGAGAUGCUGUCACAGAACCUCAGGUGGCAGAGGAGAAAACUGAGGAGGCCAAUGGCAGAGAGACCACUGGUGAUGGAGAAGUGGAUUUGCUGACCAAGGAGCUGGAGGACUUUGAGAUGAAGAAAGCUGCUGCUCGAGCUGUCACGGGCGUCCUGGCUUCUCACCCCAACAGUACUGACGUCCACAUUAUCAACCUCUCCCUCACCUUUCAUGGACAAGAGCUGCUCAGCGACACCAAACUGGAAUUAAACUCCGGCCGGCGCUAUGGCCUCAUUGGCUUAAAUGGAAUUGGGAAGUCCAUGCUGCUCUCUGCUAUUGGGAAGCGAGAAGUGCCCAUCCCUGAGCACAUCGACAUCUACCACCUGACUCGAGAGAUGCCUCCUAGCGAGAAGACGCCCUUGCAGUGUGUGAUGGAGGUGGACACCGAACGGGCCAUGCUGGAGAGAGAGGCCGAGCGCUUAGCUCAUGAGGACGCGGAGUGUGAGAAGCUCAUGGAACUCUAUGAGCGGCUGGAAGAGCUGGACGCCGACAAAGCCGAGGUGAGGGCCUCGAGGAUCUUACACGGACUGGGGUUCACACCUGCCAUGCAGCGCAAGAAGCUCAAGGACUUCAGCGGUGGCUGGCGGAUGAGAGUCGCUCUGGCUAGAGCCCUCUUUAUUCGGCCCUUCAUGCUGCUUCUGGACGAGCCUACCAACCACCUGGACCUGGAUGCUUGUGUGUGGCUGGAAGAGGAACUUAAGACUUUCAAGCGCAUCCUGGUCCUUGUGUCCCAUUCCCAGGACUUCCUGAACGGGGUCUGUACCAAUAUCAUCCACAUGCACAACAAGAAGCUGAAGUAUUACACGGGUAAUUAUGAUCAGUAUGUGAAGACUCGGCUGGAGCUGGAAGAGAACCAGAUGAAGAGGUUUCACUGGGAGCAGGACCAGAUAGCACACAUGAAGAACUAUAUUGCCAGGUUUGGCCAUGGCAGUGCCAAGCUGGCCCGGCAGGCCCAAAGCAAAGAGAAAACACUACAGAAAAUGAUGGCAUCCGGACUGACAGAAAGGGUUGUGAGUGACAAGACGCUGUCAUUUUAUUUCCCACCAUGUGGUAAGAUUCCACCACCUGUCAUUAUGGUGCAGAACGUGAGCUUCAAGUACACAAAAGAUGGGCCUUGCAUCUACAAUAAUCUAGAAUUUGGCAUUGACCUUGACACACGAGUGGCUCUGGUAGGACCCAACGGAGCAGGGAAGUCCACGCUGCUGAAGCUGCUAACUGGAGAGCUUCUGCCUACAGAUGGAAUGAUCCGGAAGCAUUCUCAUGUCAAGAUAGGGCGUUAUCAUCAGCAUUUACAGGAGCAGCUGGACCUGGACCUUUCCCCGUUGGAGUACAUGAUGAAGUGCUAUCCAGAGAUCAAGGAGAAGGAGGAGAUGAGGAAGAUCAUUGGGAGAUAUGGCCUCACUGGGAAACAGCAGGUGAGCCCCAUCCGGAACCUGUCGGACGGGCAGAAGUGCCGAGUGUGCCUGGCCUGGCUGGCCUGGCAGAACCCUCACAUGCUCUUUCUGGACGAGCCGACCAAUCACCUGGACAUCGAGACCAUUGAUGCUCUGGCCGAUGCCAUCAAUGAGUUUGAAGGCGGCAUGAUGCUAGUCAGCCACGACUUCAGACUCAUCCAGCAGGUUGCACAGGAGAUUUGGGUCUGUGAGAAACAGACGAUCACCAAGUGGCCUGGAGACAUCCUAGCCUACAAGGAGCACCUCAAGUCCAAGCUGGUGGGUGAGGAGCCCCAGCUCACCAAGAGGACCCACAACGUGUGAGCCCUCAGCGGCUUGGGUCAGCAAUGCCACCUGGAGACUGCCAGCUGACACCUGACCAGCCACUCAGGACCGGACCCUGGGGCUGCACUCCUGCACUGCUGCAAUACUGCCCCCAGCCUCUCCCCUCAGCCUGCCUUCGCUGCAUCAUAUCUCCAGCUGGACAGCGCCUGUCCGUUCCCCAUCCUCCUUCCAUUUGGGUCUGUCUGUCUGGACUUGGCUGGCUGUUCCCUCCAGACCCUUGCUGGUUACCUUGCCCUGAAAGAUGCAGCCAGGGGUACCUGGGUUAACCCAAGGGCCCAAGCCCUGCUCUGGCCCUGGAAGGAUUCAAGAGCCUCAUGUCAUGGGUUUUGGUGAUGUUGGAGAAAUACCGCCAGCCCAUCACCCCAGUUCCUUAUUGCUUCUGGUUUGGAGCUCUGGGCCAGGGCCUAGUCCUGGUCGGUAUUUUAAUAAUUAUUUAACAGUGUAGAUCUAUGUGUCAUCUACCAAGUGUCCAAUAAAGAAAGAGGAAGCUACAGACCCCUC